AGUAACAACCAUGCAUGCAUGCAUAAAGUUUUGAAUUAGCAUCUAGAUUGAAUUGUGUGUUAACACGAGUGAUGCUUGUAUUGUUUCCCUAAGCAUGAGAUGAUGCUGAACUAGAACGAACAAGCUAAGCACAUUCCUUCCCUUCACAAUGCGUAUUCUUGUUUUGCUGCUUCAUCUUCUCAAAACCUUCAUUGAAGAAGAAGCAGCACCUAAAAUCAAUACUAAUAACUAAUAAGAGAAUAAUACCUAAAAAAAAGGAAAGGAAAAGAAACCUCAAAACGAAACGCGAUUCGCCAAAAAGAAACGGCCGCAAUCUAACAGGGCCAAAAAAUGAGGUUCUGCCCAAACAAGCUCUUUACUAAAGCCCGCAACCUCAUCGGUAUCGGGCUCGCCUCGUCCGCCGCUGUUUCCGCCGCCGGAGCCUCCUCCUCCGCCAACACUUCCUCCACUUACACUACCACCACCACCUCCGAUUCUCCUUCCUCCACUUCUUCCUUCCCCGUCGACUCUUCAACCGACGACGACCAGAGAAGGAAGCUCUGCAUCAUCGGAAGUGGCCCGGCGGCGCACACCGCCGCAAUCUACGCCGCGCGAGCUGAGCUCCGGCCUGUUCUCUUCGAAGGAUGGAUGGCCAAUGGCGUCGCUCCCGGCGGCCAGCUCACAACAACUACCGACGUCGAGAACUUUCCCGGAUUUCCGGAUGGUGUCUCCGGCUCUGACCUCAUGGACCGCUGCCGCCGGCAGUCUCUCCGAUUCGGCGCUGAGAUCAUCACUGAGACGGUUUCCAAGGUUGAUUUCUCAAAGCGUCCGUUUAGGAUUUUCACCGAUUCCAGAACCGUUCUAGCUGACGCCGUCAUUGUCGCCACCGGCGCCGUUGCGAGGCGGCUGUCCUUCGACGGCGCUGGCGAUGGUCCUGGCGGAUUCUGGAACCGCGGGAUAUCAGCGUGCGCGGUCUGCGAUGGAGCGGCGCCAAUAUUCCGGAACCGGCCGCUGGCGGUUAUUGGCGGCGGCGAUUCAGCCAUGGAGGAAGCUAAUUCCCUCACCAAAUUUGGUUCCAAAGUGUAUAUAAUCCAUAGAAGGGACAAUUUUAGAGCUUCUAAGAUCAUGCAGGGUAGGGUUUUGAAAAACCCUAAAAUUGAGGUUUUGUGGAAUUCAGAGGUGGUUGGUGCCUAUGGUGAUGAAAAAAGUGGUGGCAGGGUUCUUGGCGGAAUCAAGGUGAAGAAUGUAGUGAACGAUGAUGUGUUUGAUUUGAAGGUGAAUGGGUUGUUCUUUGCAAUUGGGCAUGAGCCUGCAACAAAGUUCUUGAAUGGCCAGCUUGAGCUGGAUCCUGAUGGUUACAUUGUGACCAAGCCAGGGACUACAAUGACCAGUGUUAAGGGUGUGUUUGCGGCCGGCGAUGUCCAGGACAAGAAGUAUAGGCAAGCCGUUACAGCCGCUGGAACCGAUUUAAUGCUCAUCAGAUUAGGCUGCGGAUAUUAUACCCUUUGGGUGCAGCCCUUCCCCAGACCCUGCGUUAAUGCGAGAUGCCUGUGCAUUGGGCUGCCCUUUUUCGAUCAUUCAUGGUGUAUGGCAGCACUGGAUGCAGAGCAUUACUUGCAAGAGAUUGGUACACAUGAAGAUACGAGUAAUUGACUAUGAAGUGGGGAUGAUUCAUGAUAAUAAAUGUUUACUUUCACCUAAGAAAGAGAAAAAAAGAAUGUUUACUUUAUAUGUAAAUUACACUAUUCAGCAUUUGAUUUGCAGAAUUGAAGCACAACAGCAUACACAUAUUCACGUUUA